AUGGCAUCAAAGGUACCCCAGGACACUCCGGAUUCCGGGAUCAUCAUCCGUGCUCCGAUCUUUCCAGAGGAUGAACUGCUUGAGAGAGAGCCAAAAUAUGCAUUCCCUCCUAUACCCAUCAGUGAUCCGUUCUUCGGGGGCGUACCUAGGACUCUGAUGCCUGGUGAUAUUGCCGCACAGGCAGCUAAUGUUUCGAAAGACUUUCCGUCCGUAUGGUUAAUAAAAAGCAAAGACAAUGACACCAAUCGGAGAAUCGAGUGCAAGACCUCAGAGUUCCACGCUCGGCUUAUCCAAGAAGUCGUGUCUCAAUUUGUCCAGCUCGAUCCGACUGCCAUUGCGGCACUAUAG